UAGUCCCGGCGUGUAGUUUGGCCUCCCGCCCGAGGCAGUGGAAAGGGGAAAGGAAAGGCAAGAAAGCGCUGCUGGGGUCGGCCCGCGCGCUUCCAGCCCGGGUUCUCUUUGGGGCUUCUCCUGACGGCGCUAUGGCCACGUUCCCUCAGCAGGCAUGGGCCGUGUCUGAUGGCGAAGGCUGCCCAGAUUGCUGAGGUGUGCUGAGCUGCCCUGUGCUCAAGGACUGCUGGGUGGAAGCAGUGAGGGUGAGCUGAGCUGUUGCUCCGUACACACCUGGCGGAGUUAUUCCUUCUUGUCCCACUAGGUAUGGAGAACUUGGUGGCUGGCUCCACCCUCCCUCCGCUUUUUGUAGAUGAAGAUGGAUCUAAGGAAGGCAGUGAUGCUGCUGCAUCUGGAUUAGCUCAUUCUGAGGGUUCGUUCACUGGCGGAGCUUCGCAGCCUGUGAACAACCCGGAUUUGGUGGAGGAUUUGUCACAGGUUCAGCAGCUGCAAAAUGAGUCUACUAACACUGCUGAAAACACUGAGCAGAAACCUGAGGAGGAGCAGCAAAGAACUAAACGAGGAGGCUGGGCCAAAGGGAGAAAGAGAAAGAAACCUCUUAGGGACAGCAAUGCCCCCAAGUCCCCCCUCACAGGGUACGUGCGCUUCAUGAACGAGCGCAGGGAGCAGCUCCGAGCAAAGAGGCCCGAAGUCCCUUUCCCUGAGAUCACCAGGAUGCUGGGCAACGAGUGGAGCAAACUGCCUCCUGAGGAGAAACGGCGAUACCUCGAUGAAGCAGACAGAGACAAGGAGCGUUACAUGCGAGAACUGGAGCAGUAUCAGAAGACUGAAGCCUACAAAGUCUUUAGCAGGAAAGCACAGGACAGACAAAAAGGCAAAUCACACCGGCAAGAUGGAGCAAGGCAGCCAGUCCACGAUCAUGAGAAAGAAGCAGACACAAAAGAGAGAUCUGUUUUUGAUAUCCCAAUAUUCACAGAAGAAUUUCUGAAUCACAGUAAAGCACGUGAAGCCGAGCUGCGACAGCUGCGUAAAUCCAACAUGGAGUUCGAGGAGAGGAAUGCUGCUCUGCAGAAACACGUUGAGAGCAUGCGUACAGCAGUGGAGAAACUGGAGGUGGAUGUAAUCCAAGAGCGUAGCCGCAACACGGUGCUGCAGCAGCAUUUGGAGACCUUACGGCAAGCGCUCACAACCAGCUUUGCCGGAGUCCCGCUGCCAGGUAGUGGGGAAACACCCACGAUGGAAACUAUUGACUCCUACAUGAAUAGGCUGCACGGCAUCAUUAUGGCGAACCCACAGGAGAACGAGAACCUCAUAGCCACAGUCCGGGAUGUGGUGAACAGACUUGAACGCUAGUGACCAGGUCUCGUGGUCCGGGGAUACUUGACAAAACUUCUUUGGCCAGUGUGGAAUAUGAAGCCAUGAGGGAGAGACUAGGGGUGGGAGGCAGAACUGCAGGUUUGUCCUGGUCCCUGCCUUUGUGGUUUGUCAGUGGGACAAACAGAUGCAUUAAAAGGUCUUAAGAAGCCACGGAUAUCACCCACUAAACAUUUUGGAACUGUCCUCUAUGUAAACCCUUAAAUGCAUGCAACUUCUGUGCAAUCUUCAGUUUUGUAUUAAUUCUGCUAGAUGUGAGGGUGCAUAUGUUCUGUGGACUUGCUGACUAUGGAGAUGAAACCUCUGUGAAAUGAAGUCAGCUUGCAUGUUGUAGUAACAACUUGUGUUACACUGCUUAUGUCUUCUAGUGUCUUUCAGUUUGUUUUCAUGUUUAUCUUGUGAAAUUACCUUCCUCCAUUUUAGUUUUCUUUUCACCUUUUUGUCUGAUCCUUUCAUACCGGAUAGCAGUGCUUGUGUUCUUCGCUGCAGUGGGCAGUCUUCCUUGGUGCACUGUCUUGUCCUCCCCUGCCUGUCAUGUUUACAUAAGCUAAUCUUCAGCAGAGCUCUGUUUUCUGUGUUAGCCUGCAACUUCAACAGUAUGAGUUUGCUUGAGACUGGCUGCAAUUGGAAUUUUGUGACUUGAUUCUACCAGGAGAGGGACUUCUUCCUUUUCUACAGCACCUGCCUUGCACACAGCAACCUGCCCUUCUGUGCAGCCCCGCUGUAAUCGCUUGAAAACAUUUGGGAGGAAUGUUUUACUGCAACAUAGAUCUGAGAUAGUCAAGGUAAAGAGUGAAAUACUAGCUUUUCACAAUUGGCUGGGAAAAUAGAAAUCUCCAUUUUAAGCUGCCACAGAACACAGUUUGCCUUUCCUCUGAUGCGUUGCUGGCUCUAAUUUAGUUGUCUGCUUACUUUCGAAGAGAAUGAUCUCACAGUGAGAGUAGUAUUCUAUAUAGAGAUAAAUGGGCAGGGAAUUCUGUUUUCUUCUACCCUUUUGAAAUUGGUGCUGGAAAGCAGUGUGCCUGGAAGCAGCACAUGUAUUUUUGAAUGAAUUAUUAUUGCAGAGAAGGUUACUGGCAGCUGGGCCCACGUAGCAGCCCAUGGUAUUCUACGUUACGGCACAUAAGUGCUCUUUGACUUUUGUACAGGUAAAGUGCAGUCUGUGAAGCCCAUAUCAUUCAGAAUAUCAUGUUCCUGUGUGACCUAAACGACCUUUUAUUUGCAUAAGGUAGAACUUGGCACACUAGAGACCGAUUUUUCUGAGCUACGGCUGCACCUCUUGUCCAAGAUGGCGCCUACUGUCUGCACUGUCUGCAAAUCGUUUGCUGUCCUUUGAUUCCUGUCAUAUUUUGAAUUCAGGCUGUGGUUGAGCACCUGUUGGACAUCUGUGAGCUUAAUGGUAAUGAUGGAAAUGUGCUUUUUCCACGUGACAAUCUUGCUCCUCCUUCAGAAAUCUUUCAGGUUUUCUGUGUUAUGAAUUAGAGGUUGCUUUUGUUACUUGAGUGCAUUGCAGUUGGGAUUGCUUUCGUGUGUGUAUAAGGCAAGUAUUUGAAGAUUAAACAGCGGUUUCUUUUUUCCCACACAACGUACACAGACUUCAUGCUUGCCUGAAGCCAUCUCCAGGUCAUCAUCUUGUAUGUCAGGUCUCUGCUUUCUCAUGGACUUCCUGCUGUAGCCAAGCAGCAAGGAUUUUCGUGUAUAUUCAAGUCUUCCUUUACGGAGGAAACUCCUUUCUCUUGUCUUCAAGCUCACUAUCAAGACUGUAUAAAAAAGAACCUUGAUUUGCUGAAUUGACCUCCGUUAUUUUCCGUAAUGUGGAUGAGACCAACUGAUGUUGACAUGAAAUUUUUAGUGGACUCUAUGACAAAUGUAUGGGGAAGAAAUCCUAUGGAUUGAUGUCUUCAGAAGACACUCAUACCUUCCUCUCAUUUGCAUGUCUGGAUUUGUAGCAUUAGUGAUGUUCUGCUUGGAUUUAAUUGUGGCCAAAAUGGACCGCAUAGCAAAAAGUUGAUUCAUGAAAUUCUAAAGCUGUCUGUGGCAUCUGGCCUGCUAUAUCCCAUCAAGAUUCCCGAAAUUAUUCUGUAGGGUGACAGAAGGAUGCACUUCCAGCCUAUGACAUCACAUCCCAUAAAUAAGGUACGGGUGGCUGCAGGCUGCCCUGCUUACAUGAGUUCAGAACAACCAUCAGCUUGUGGCAUACUGCGAAUACAUCGUUCUGUUGAGUAGCAUGUAAGCAUUCCAGGAUGGAAAAUGGAAGAUUAGAUUUUUUACUGGAGGUUGACAAACCUUUUGAUUUUCCCAUGAGGAAGGAGGGGCAGUGUUAAACCCAUCUGUGGAAAAAGUAAUUUCUUGCUUACCACUGAUACACCAAUUAAUGUUUUGUCUCAUUAAGAGGCAUCUUAUUGACCCCGAUCAACCCUAUAAAAAUGGAUUUUGUCUUUCCAGUGUUUCUGAGUGUCACUUCAGUUUACAUUUUUCAGUGUUUGCUGAUGUGGAAACAAAUGAAAGUGUUGGUGUCAAGGACAGGAGCAGGAUAAAAUGUUUUCAUCACUUGAAGAAAUGUUAAGAGAAAUAUGUGAAAACAGAAUUCAAUUACUUGGAUUAAUGUGUUUGGAAUUGUUGAGAUGCCAAUUUUUUCUGUAAAACGCUUUUGUAAUUAAAUUUUUGGAGUCCUGUUGUUUUUAAGAAGUUGAUGUGCUUGUUUGACACUUGCCUCAUUAAAAUCCAUUCUGAUUCAA